AUGUUCCAGCCCGCGACCAAGCGCGGCUUCACCAUCGAGUCCCUGGUGGCCAAAGACAGCGGCGGCCCGGGCGGCCCGGGCGGCCCCGGCCCCGGCCCGGGAGGCGGCUCCUACCACUUGGCUGCCCCGGCGGCAGCGGCCGGUGAAGAGCCCCUGCGGCCCACAGCGCUCAACUACCCCACGCCAGCGGCCGCCGAGGCGUUCGUGAGCGGCUUCCCGGCCGCCGCCGCCGCAGCCGCCGCCGCGGCCGCUGCCGCCGCCGGCCGCUCCUUCUACGGCGGGCCCGAGCUCGUCUUCCCCGAAGCCAUGAACCACCCGUCCCUGACCGUGCACCCGGCCCCCCAGCUCGGAGCCUCCCAUCUCCAGCACCCGCACUCUUUCUUCGGAGCCCAGCACCGGGACCCGCUCAACUUCUACCCCUGGGUCUUGCGCAACCGUUUCUUCGGACACCGCUUCCAGGGGAGCGAGGUUCCCCAGGACAGCCUGCUCCUGCACGGUCCGUUCGCCCGAAAACCCAAGCGGAUUCGCACGGCCUUCUCGCCUUCACAGCUGCUGCGGCUGGAGCGCGCCUUCGAGAAAAACCACUAUGUGGUGGGCGCCGAGCGGAAGCAGCUGGCGGGCAGUCUCAGCCUCUCCGAGACCCAGGUGAAGGUGUGGUUUCAGAACCGGCGGACAAAGUACAAGCGUCAAAAGCUGGAGGAAGAGGGCCCUGAGUCAGACCAGAAAAAGAAGGGGUCCCACCACAUCAACCGGUGGCGCAUCGCCACCAAACAGGCCAACGGCGAGGACAUCGAUGUCACAUCCAAUGACUAA